AUACCGGCUGGCUGAAUGACAGGUCACGUGAUUUCUUCGAUUUCCACUGCAAGGGGGACAAAAAUAAGUCGCGGAUUUUAGCAGAUAUUGGAUAAAUAAGGACGUGUAGAAUGUGCACAAUGCACAGGUCAAAGAAGAUUAAUAUCGGGGACGUGAACCCUCACUUACUGUGUGUAUUGUGUGGGGGGUAUUUUGUAGAGGCUACCACCAUCAUAGAAUGUCUACAUUCUUUUUGUAAAACGUGUUUGAUACGUUACCUAGAGACGAACAAAACAUGUCCGAUGUGUGACGUACUGAUACAUAAAACACGGCCACAUCAAAAUAUACGAUCUGAUAAAACGUUACAAGAUAUAGUUUAUAAACUAGUACCGGGUCUGUAUAAAAAUGAAAUGAAGAGAAGAAGAGACUUUUACAGUCAAUAUCCUAAUAAAGGAAAUGUUAAAACACCGAGUGAAGACAGAGGGGACGAAAUGGCUGAAAGAUUUAUUUUUACAGAAAACGAGAAAAUAAGUUUAGCUUUAGAAUACUGGACAGAGGGAAUUCCCGAUAGUCCAGAAUUUCAGAAAGUCUCAAAAAAGGAAAUGGGAGGCGAAGACGGCAAAACUCAGAAGAGAGAUAUUAGAUAUUUACAAUGUCCUGGUGCUCUAACUGUUGCCCACUUGAAGAAAUUCAUCAGAUUAAAAUUUGAAUUACCACAUAGAUGUCGGAUUGAUAUGUAUCAUAAGAAAGAGAUAGUUUCCGAUUAUUAUACCUUGUUGGAUAUAGCAUGUAUAUUCUCCUGGAAAAGAUUGGAACCUCUGCGUCUGUAUUACACUAUUUAUGAGAAUAUUAUCACAAAACGAAAAAUAGGAGAGUUAGAGACAAAUUCUGUGGAUGUUGAUGAACCUAAACCUAAAACAGUUGCUACUAAAGACACAGCACCGAAAAUACCAACUGGGGAGGUUAGAAAGCCAACGGAAACAGUCGGAAUUUCAUCAGAGCACAAGUUCCUCACGCCUAAAUCUACCAAAGAAUGGAAUACUCAAUCUAAUAAAUCAGCUAACCAACAGGCUCCUGUCUUAGAACCAUUAAAAUCAUCCAAUCAGCAAGCUUCCAUCAAAGAUUUAACCAAAAUAAACAACAAACAACCCACGAAUACAGAUUCAUACAAAACGGCCGAUACACAAACCCCAAUUAGAGAAUCGCCAAAACCAACCCAGAACCAAUCAGAAAAGACAGUAAGUACAGUACCGCAGAUAUCAAAAGUUUCCAAUUCUUAUAUCAAAGCAUCAGCGCAAAACGCUGCCAAAGCAGCGCCCACGAAGAGAGCUAAUCAGCAACCAACAAAGAUCGCACCAAAAGUGUCCAACAAUCAGCAAGCUGGGAAAGAAACCAAUCAACAAACAGAAUUAAAAUCACAACCGAAUCCGCAGUCAUCUAAGAUUAUAGUCACAGAGAAAUCGGCCAAUCCACAAACAGUGAGGAUGCUAGUCAACAACAAGGCCGCCAUUAACCAAAUGAUGAAUGUUCAUCAGACCAACAUGCCAAAUUAUCCUAGUCCCCGAACACAGAAUACUCAAACGACACAAACCAAACAACAGAAUCAAGCGCAACUUACAACCUCACAACAGUCAACUAAUAAUAACAAUAACAAAAAGACUGUUUUAACCAAUCCAAAUUCGCCUACUAUUCAAAGCAUAAAAUCUUGCCAAUCGCAAGUCUCUAAACAAACGAAACCAACGGUUAAUACCAUGACUGUGUCGUCACCAAACGUAAACGGCUCUAAUGACAAUGUCGUAAAACAAAAUGGCGGAGAAAUGACAAAAUCCAACGCACCCGUAUACAAAGCGUUAUCAAAAGACUUAAACGGGAUAAAAAGGGGAAGUGCGUUUGAUAUGAAAACAAUCCCCGAUGGUGCUGUGAUCCGAAGUGUGAGACCACCAUUUAACACUUCUCAGAGCAUUGAGCGUCAAAAUAGUGCUACAAAAAACACUCUGAUGGACAAUUCUCUUAAAAAGACUGUUGAUACCCCAGUUGUUGAAAAACAAAAUAAAAACACUGCCGAUGUUAAAAAAUCAGAACCAAAAGUCAAUGGAGAUCCAACUCCCACAAUUCCCAAAAUCAACGGUACUCAACAGCAAUCAACCCAGAUCAAUGACGGUACAAGGCCUCAGACCCUAAAAGUCAAUGGUGGUUCAAGACCUUCAACUCCCAAAUUGAAUAAUGGAUCAAGACCAUCGACUCCCAAGUUACCGGGAAAUUCCCGGCCGUCAACCCCUAAAUUAAACGGGAGUUCACGACCUCCGACCCCAAAAGCUAAUGGCGGAUCGCGACCCUCAACCCCAAAAUUAAAUGGAGACGUCAGGAGCUUUAAGCCGAUAGCGCCCAAGUUACCAGGACCUAAUGUUGGACAAACUGAAAUUCCAAAAUCUGUAAAUGGCGAUCAACAGGCUCCAUUAAACUACUCGAAAGUCCAGCCUGAAAAAAGAGCAUUUCCCAUCGUAGACGCGAGUUCCAGUGACAUUUGUGAAGAAAUUCGCCAGAGAAAAUUGGCGCGUAUGGACGAACCAUUAAAUUUGUCUAAACGUGACCAAGAUAAAAACAAACCAGUGUCGCCCAUAAAUGGAAAUGUUUCGCCUCGGAAUAAUUUACAAAUGGUUGUUGGAAGCGCGGGAAUCUGACUAUCAGCGAUUUAUUAAGAGCACGUGUGCUUUUCUGGAAGUGACGUUUGUACCGUGACAUGUAUUUAUUUCAUAAACUGUAUUAAAUAGGAUAUGAUGUACAUAGUACUGUUAAUGAAAAAAAGAAGACUGUUUAAUUUUUAUAUAAAUGGCUGACAAUUAAAAUGGAUCUACUUUCUCUAGGCGUAGUAACUAGGUGUGGUUAGACAAUUGGAGUGAUUUAGUAAUGUGACAAGUAAAUGUAAAGCAUCGAAUGAGUGUGACUAGGAUGUAGUAUACCUGUAUUAUAGCAAAUUAAUGGCUUGGCUUCAGUGAAAUUUGUUUUUGGGUUUGUACAAAAAAAAGAAAAAAACGUUUGUGUCUUAGAAAUGCUCCAAAAAUACAGUGAAUGAUAUCAUUGCUUUUGUGAAUAGAAUUGUGGCAUCGCUUUUUGUGAAUUGUAGCAUGCUUUUGUUUGUGACUUAUAGCAGCGAAUAUGACAAACAUGGCGACUGGGAAAUGAUAUAGUGGUUUAUUAACAUCCGAGUGCUUCUCUAAAUGUUUUGAUUAAAACAAAAUAAAAAGGGAAAUAUUAUCUUUACAAUGUCAAGGUGACACUUUGACUGAACAAGACAACAUUGUGGUCUUGGUUUGUGGAGACAGUGACAUUGUGCUUAAGUUUUUAUGUAAUAUUGCUUAGUUUGUUAUGUACAUUUAUAUAUUUAAAAUGUAUUUAUGUAUAAAAGAUAAAUAUACAAAUAUAAU